AUGACCGUGCCCGACGACACCAAUUCCGAAUUCGCUGGACGAUUCCCCUUGAUUGCUGACGUCGCUAGUUUUGAGCCCAUCGUCAAUAACUCGGAGAAUGCUGUUGUCGUUGACAUCGAACUCGCCCACAGCUUUCCCGAGAAGGCUGCUCUCAAUCACAUCGAACUCGCUGACAACUACCCCGACCAUCAUGCCGGCAACCACGUUGAACGCGCUGACAAUUUCGCUAAACAGUUCGGUGUCAAUCACAUUGAGAUCGCUGACAACGACCCCGAGCGGCCUGCUCACAUCGAGUUCGUCGAUAAUCACGUUGAGAAUGGUGUUCGGAAUAACGCCGAGAACUUUGACUAUUCUAGCGGUGCACGCGGAAACACUGAAAAUGCCGCUGACAACUCCGCUAAAGGCAAUCAACGGCGUGCAAUUGUUAUUCGACGCAUCACCAUGUCUAGAUAUAAGGACAGAAAAUUUUACAUACUUCGAUCAGCCGUUUUGCCGCAUUGUAAAAAGCUUUGCAGAAUGCUCAUUCCUUUUGAAAGUGGAAGCCCAUCAUACGUCGUCAAAUCCACAAAUGCAAAUAAGAGAAUUCGCAGUCAUCGCAAGAAAACUAUGGGCUGUUUCAAGAAACAAAUUGUCGAUACACGACGCGCGAAGUUCAAUACCGCUGGACGUCCAUUCCUUUAUAUUCCGCGCUCGAAUGGACUACUGUUUAAAAUGCUGUGCGGCCAGAAAAACUAG